AUCCCCACAACCACUCAAGCUACCCAUUCUUAUUUUGCUAGAACCCAGCCUGACUGUUCUGCUGCCAGUUACACUCGCUGCUCGCCGACCCAUUGCGCAUUGGUGAGAAGACAAACACCGUCCACUCUCGCCCACCAUGGCGCCCCGUCCUGAGAUUGCCGCCGAUGGCCAGGCUCUCUCGCCCAUAGCUAUGCGUGCCGUGGAGCUCGCAAAGUCCAUGGUGAAGCGGGACUCGCAACCAUACAGAGAACUGGCUUCGGCCGGAGCACGCCCGCCAAACGAUCUCGCCGGCCCCGGUUUCCAGGCCCUCUUCGCUCUCAUUGGUAUUGGAAUGGCCAUGUUAGCCAUUUGGUUCUUCUUCUGGGCCAAAAACGGUGGCUUCAAGUGGCGUGAGGGCGACUGGGAAGACUACAAAUCGACCGUGCUGCGACGCAAGGGACCCGACGGCAAGACUCUCUCCAACGCUACCAAGAGCACAAGGCUCGGAGGUGGCAGUGUCGUGCAUGGCGGCAGCUACUUUGGUGCUCAGAGCGACCUCGGCUACACGGACGAGACAGGAACCACCGUCACUACCAGCGACCACCGCGAUGCUGAGAAGGGCCAAGCCGGCCUUCGUGGCGGAGACGGACGCAGACACAAGAAGCAUCGCCGUGACCACACCAACGACUACAACGACCCCGAACUGCGCCAGUACCGUGAGGAGAAGGCUGCCCGUGUUGGUGGUCUGAACCGCGUCGGCGAUGGCAAGUACACCGACUACUCUGGCUCCCAACCCUCUGAAGUCGGUAGCUCCCACGUCUCCAGCGUCGCGCCUCUCGUCCAGAAAGAAGCCAAGGACCCUAAGAAGGAGGCCAAGGCCAAGGAGCAACGUGCAAAGGAACGCAUGCGCAAGGCCAAAGCUGCUGAAAAGGAAGCCGCCAAGAAGGAAGCCGCCGAAGCCAAAGCCCGCAAGGAAGAGCAAAAGGCCGAAGCCAAACGCGCAAAGGAAGAGCAAAAGAGGACCAGGAAGAUGAUCACGGCUGCCCCCUCUGAAGCUCCCGAGAUGGCCGAAGUCAACCGUCCCAUGAUUGAAUACCACUCGCCCCAGUCGGACUACACACGCGCAUACACCGAGUCCACCGCCCCCUCUGAAGUCACGUCACCAACACGCGCCCCAACCCGAGGCAGAAGCAACAAGGCUCCCUCUGGUCCCCGCCGUGCUCCUCCCUCUGCCGCCUACUCCUUCACCACCGGCGACGACACGGAAACCGUCUACACGGGCGUCUACACCAACGACGUUGACAACACUCCCGCUCCCGCUCCCGCCCCGGCUCCUGCUCCCACACCCAAGAAAACCCGCACCGCUCCCUCGGAAGCCGCCGAAUCAAGCUACUACUCGGACUACCGUCCCAACGCCGAUCCCUCUCUCUACACGGACCCCAACAAGCACGCGCCGCGCUCCCGCUCCAGACGUCCCUCUCAAGACCGUGCCUCGCGCUCCAGCCGCCCAACUUCGGCGUCGCGUCCCCGUCCCUCUGGCUCCCGCUCGCGCCCAACAUCCGAGUCCCAAAGAAGACAGCACCGCUCGUCGCGUCCUGCGCCGCCCCCAUCCGACAUCUUUACUACCACCAACGGUGAUGCUCACGGCCACAUGAGCUACCCUUGCCACAUCCCCGGUCUCAGCCAGGCCGGCAGCGUGCACCCCAUGGAAAGCGUCUCCCAGGUCGGUGCCCCGUCGAAUCGCCGUGACCGUGCUAGCCGCGACGUCAUGGACGGGUACAGGCGUGGUGGUGUUAGAGCCGUUGGUCGAAGGGACAGUCUGAGUGACAGCGACUAAAAUUAUC